AUGGUUUGGGCACGUAUUGCGAAUGCCAUCGGCGACAACAUUAGACAACUGAUUGACAGAAAAGACGGACUGUACUGCUUUCGUCUUCAGAAAGAUCGUUGUGAAUCGUUGUCAUAUGUGGAGGACCUGAUGAAGCUUGCUGCGGUGAUCGGCAGAGACAACCUUCGAUCCUUUGGCACAUGUUUAGGAAAAUUCACGAAAGGAAAGAAAUUCUAUCUCCAUGUUACCGCCCUUGUAUACCUGGCACCAUAUGCGAAGUAUAAAUUAUGGCUGAAGCCGAACGCAGAACAGCAGUUUCUGUACGGUCACCAUGUGCUUAAGUCGGGAAUUGCCAGAAUGGCCGACGAUUGUCCGCGAAACAUUGGCGCUCUCGUCUUCAGUCUCAACGACAUACCACUGGUAAGUGCCGAUCAAAUUUCUAAUUUAUUGAUUUCACCUUUCGUUGUUCAGUGCAGAUUGCGGCCCCAUAGUUAUGUCUGUUGG